GCCAUUGUUGAUCAUAUGGGAGGACGCCGUCCGCGGACGUGUUUCGUCGCGGUCCUUAAAACGUAGCUAAAAUUCACCUAGGUAAGGCACCGCGUGGAUGUAUCGUGCGACAAUACGCCGUAGGUGAUACGCCCGACUCGUCGCGUAGCCCCGCUGCGUGAUAUGCGGCCGUUCUGAUCCGAUCCGACGUCGCUCCACGCGGGACUAGGUUAGCCGUUUGUAGGUUAGGAACGCCACCGCGAGCGUAUCCUGCACGCACAGGUCACUCGCGGCGUUAUCAUGGAUCUACCCGGGAACGGAGCGUUCCGCGACCUCGUCAAGAGCCCGCGCACGUUACCGCAGUUCUCGGAGCUGCGCUCGAUGCCGUUCGACGCUGCCAUCGCCGCCAUCGCCGCGGCCGACGGCCGUAACGUGCAGUCGCAGGGGAUGCAAACCGCUGCUGUGCAAACGGUCACGUGCCCGCAAGACACGUCGACUAGUACACUCACCAAGUACUUUGCGCCUAUACCCGGCUGGCAGGACACCCUCAUUCAGUUGUGCGAGAAGCAAGUCAUUAACCAGAUAAUCAAUGUUCCGAAUUACAGUCAAAAUAACGGGACACUCGGCGCGCAACCGAGUAAUUUUAGUUUUAUCAACACUUUAUACUUACCUACCACAUCGCAGGUGGAUACUGUAAAGCAAGAGCCAGACAUUCAGUCCAAGGAGGAGAAGAAUCUAGAAAAGGAUUCUGAUAUUCUGAUAAAGCACCACGCAGUGGCGGCGAUGGCGGAGUAUUUUCAGAAAUUGCCUGAGGUCUCUCUGCGGGAAGCGUUCGAACUGUGCGCGGAACAAGUGAAGAAGGAGAAGGCGCGGGAGGAGAAAGUGGAGCCGGUGCAGAAUAAUAUUCUAAAUAUACCGAACGUCAGGAAUAUUUAUCAACAAAAUGGCAAUAAUUUCGCAAACACGGAUCAGGUAACGGUGACCGUCAAUCCGACCGAUCUGAAUCUGCAAAGUGAGCAAGACAUUGAAAACAAUUUGCGAAGUGUCCUGAAAGUCGAGCAGCAAGUACAAACCGAUUUGCCGAAGAUCGAGAAGAAGUCGAAAUUUCGCGCGAAAAUGGGCGAGAUUAAAGUCAGCAUUAACUACGACGGAACGACGCUUUACUGUUGCCCGGAGUGUAAUUUAGCGCUUCCAGACAAGGCGGAUAUCGAACAACAUAUACAGGCUCACCUUCAAGAGCGAAAGUACCAAUGCAAAGAAUGUGGUGCCAUGUUGAAGAGAAAGGAGCAUCUCGAUCAACACAUGCGAGGCCAUUCGAACGAGCGACCCUUUAAAUGCGACAUCUGCCAAAAGGCGUUCAAGAGAAAUGAACAUUUGACGAGACAUACCGUCAUCCAUUCCGGCAACAAGGACUUUCCGUGCAGCAUGUGUCAGAAAGCGUUUUCGCGGAAGGAUCACUUGAACAAGCACUUCCAGACGCAUUUUGGCAUCCGCAAGAACAAAAAGGAAGAUCCUUACAAUUAUGUCGAUCAAAAAGACGUGAGAAUAUUCGAUAACGCAAGUGCCGAUAUUGCGGUGGCGCCUAAGCAGGAGGUAAGCUAUAUUCUAAAGGAUGGUGGUUUACUGAAGCAGGAGACUCUUCUACAGCACAUUCAGAAUUUCCAAAAGAAUUCGAGUCUGUUCCCGUUCACCAUUAAGGAACAUGUGAUGAAAGACGCAAAUAUGUCUGAACAGGCACAGGGCAGUAAUAUGAAUGAGAACUCAAGGAGAUCUGCCCGUUGGACGCUUCAGUUUUAGUUUGUAUACUAGAGCGAGAGAUCAUUGAAAAACUUCCAUGUAUCGUCACGAUGAUUAUGAUUAUAGUUCUCUAAUAUUCUCUUAUGUAUGUGCGACAUAUGUGCGAUUAUGUAUGUAUGCGUUAGGUAUUAAUUAGAAGACGGUACUAAAACACACACAUACCGGUAUCACGUAAUACAACCAAAGACUUCAUACACGCACGCGUAUGUGCAAGAAAUAGCAGUAUUCUAGGUCAUUCGCGCUUUCGGGAUCUUUAUUUUUUUUUUAAUUUUUUAUGUAAGUCACCCUGUAUAAUUUAAUGUUUGAGCGAAGAAUCUUUGCAUAAAGAGAGAUCGAUGAGACAUCUUUUUUGAGAUGGUGGGACAUCUUCUUUUAUAGUGAUUUCUCUCGAUUUUUCUCAUUGAGAUUAGAGAUAAGGUAAUAGGACUUUUUAAACAGUGAAUGUGCAUUUAUAGGACUCGUGUUUAAGCACACUGUUUUGGAGCAGUGGAUUGUGAAGUUACAAGACUUUAUGCAUUUAUCCCGCAAGAGAAUUGUUAUUGUAUAGUGAUAACAGAAAAAAAGAUAGCUAAAAAAAAUAACAUGUAUUUUUCAGAUUGAAAAAAAUAUUUUUGAAUAAAACUGUGUAAUGUAAAAGAUUGCAGGCUUUGUUUCUUUUAUAACUUCUCGCCGAGUGCAUCGAGUGUGUGCAGUCUGCGGUUGAGCGGCGCGGAAAAUAGCGUUAUGUAGUCUUACGCAAUGUCGUGACAACUGAAACGACCGUUGGUGACACUAAACGCGGAAAUAUUAAUACGUUGAACUUUGCAUCAUCUGCAGAACGAACUCUUUGCACUCGGUGUUCCAAUAAGGACAGUGUAAUAUUUCA